UAAUAAACACAGGUCUAGGUCGGGAGUAUCGAUAAUACUGGAUCGAUACGUUCGCUCUACCUCUUGUAGCUGAGAACAGAGCAGCUGUCACGUUGGUGUGCGGACACCGAGUAAACGACACGUACUCUUAUAUAGAGGAGCUUCGCCAGGAUGGCACGUGGUCAUCAGAAAAUUCAGUCGCAGCAGAAAAAUGCCAAGAAACAGGCAGAUCUGAAGAAGGCAAAGGGCCAUGAUCAAAAGACAGCAGCCAAGGCAGCGCUAGUGUUCACAUGCGCUGUGUGCAGGUCCCAGAUGCCUGAUCCAAAAACCUUCAAGCAGCACUUCGAGAGCAAACACCCAAAAUCCCCUCUGCCCCCCGAGUUGGAAGGAGUGGAGGCAUAAAUGUUCACCCUGGAUACCGACCUCUUUUAGGCCCUGUACCAACUGUGCAUUUGUCUCGGUCUGACAGCAACGGAUGAUUUGAUGUAACCAACAUGAGGCAGUUAUCUUCAUUUAGCCUUUUAACAGGCCAGGUUGCCUUUGAUGCAAUGCUUCCUCCCAUCCAGUGUCCUCAUGCUUAAAUACAUGCAGGGCUAUACCCACAUGCGGUUUUGAUUUCAGGGCCACUGUAGACCUGUACCAUCUAUAAACAAUGCAAAGAGGUGAAUGAAGAUUCUCAGAGCAGACUCACUGCCCCGAUGUGUUGUGUAUAUAGGAAUAGGAAUAUUUGAAUAAUAAAAGCUUUGGUGAAUUAAUUGAAACUUUAUAAACAACAUGCCUCAUGAGGUAAAACCACAGUAUUUUAUCAAAGUGUGGAUUGGGCUUGGGUGGAAGCAAGGGACAAAGUUUACCUCGUCUCAUUUAUUAGUGCUUUGAGUAUGGAAACAAAAGGAGGUUGUGACUAUUUCUCAGUGUACUUCCUCAGCCGCGCUGUCUGCCCUGUUAUACUGCAAUCUUUCAUCGAGCUAAUUAUAAAUUCAUGUUGGAUCAUAUGAAUGUGAAAUUUUGCCAGCCGUGUCCGAGCUGCUAUACAAAUUGUAUUCUAAAAAAAAAAAAUUAAUAAAAAUGAUAUGGGAGUUUGCCAGCAACAUUUAUAUGCUUGGAAAAUGAAUGUAUACUCCAAUGAUGUAUUAUACCAUUUUAUUAAAUUUUACUUUCUUGUA